AUGGCGACCCCUGGAACGCCGACUACAAACUGGCGCACGCCUUUUGACUUUAACAAAUUAGAGCCCAAAUGCAUCUUCCUUGUUCACCUCCCGACAUUCUUCCUGGUCAGCGGCCUAGCCGCCUUCAGCUCGUGGACCCGAGGCAGAAGUGGACGGGAAGGUCUGCUGUUUCCGCCUCUCCGCAUGCUGCGCCUGCGGCUGCCUCUCCGCAUCUUCCCACAAAAGCACCCAUCACUCCCUGGCUCGGGCGCCCUCAACCAUCAGCGUCUUGCCCACCACCGGCCUGCGCAAAAUGGAUGGGUUCUCGUAGUCGCCAGCGCAGACGCAGCUACAGGUCCCAGCGGCACAGUAGGGCGGGACCGAGGGUGA